AAUCUAGAAGUUUCACCAUCACCUGUAUGAAAUGUACUUCUCUCUACAGGGGAUUGAUGGAGUAUAGAUUUGUGCAAACAUUCGUGGUUGUGGUUACCGGUAAACACGCUGUUUGCCUUUUUAGAGAAAAAAAAAAAGGUGAAGCUCAAAGAAUAAGCAAUCUAACUACACCAGUCCCUCUGUCCCCUUCUUAUUGGACCAGAAAGUAGACACACCGGAUUGGUGAGUUCCCAUGUUCCAGUCAGUAAAGAUACCCCAGCCAGCCAACACUGGAUUUAGUUUAGUCAAAGUAGCUGAGCAGAAUCUAUCUGGGAAAAAAAAGCCAUUGGGUUCCUGAGGACAUUCACACAAGAAAACAUCAGCCGUUCAGUGUUGCCUGCCCACUGACCUGCUCCCUUUACUUGAUUUUUCCUGGUUUGGGACCGGUUUCCAGGCAAAAUGGCUUGCUAUAUUCUACAGCUAGCGGGACUGAGCCUCGGCGGCAUCGGCAUGGUGGGGACAGUGGCCGUCACCAUCAUGCCCCAGUGGAGAGUCUCUGCCUUCAUUGGAAGCAAUAUUGUAGUUUUCGAAAACCUCUUGGAAGGCUUGUGGAUGAAUUGCAUGAGACACGCCAACUUCAGGAUGCAGUGCAAAAUAUAUGACUCCCAGCUGGCUCUCCCUCCGGACCUCCAGGCCUCCAGGGGAUUGAUGUGUGCAGCCUCGGUGCUCUCCUUUCUUGCUUUCAUGAUUGCCAUCCUUGGCAUGAAAUGUGUCAUAUGCACCGGGAACAACGUCAAGCGGUUUUUUUUGCUGAUGGCCGGAAUCAUGUUCAUCCUCGCAGGCAUUGUUGUUCUCAUCCCCGUGAGCUGGGUCGCCCAUGUGACCAUCAAAGAUUUCUACAACCCUAUAGUGAAUACAGCUCAAAAACGAGAACUAGGAGAAGCUCUCUAUAUAGGCUGGACUACAGCGGCAGUCCUCGUUGCCGCGGGAUUGAUAUUCUGCUGUGUUUCUUGUUGUAAGGAGAAAGGUAAUCAUUACAGAUACUCAAUACCAUCAUAUCACACAACCCCAAAAAGUCAUCAUUCAGGGAGGAAAUCACCAAGUGUGUACUCCAAAAGUCAGUAUGUUUAAUUGGUGAUUAUUAUUUUUUUGACUUCAUUUUGUCAGCUGCUGUGAAUAGACAAGACUAUCUACUCUGAAUAAUAAAUACAAUCAAAAGGACCACUGAUUUAUUAUUCUUUACUACCAAACAUUGAAUUCACAAGCUAAGCAUUAAACUGUUCUUGCUACCCAAUGGUGAUAGACUGCAGUAAGUUGUUUCAAAAUAGACAGACUCUUUAAACUCUUUUAGGAAAUAUAGUAGAUUGUUUGUAAAAAGCUUAAAGCAUUCAUACUUUUUUUAGUUGUUUCAAAAAAUGUUGUUCAAGUUUAUAGUAUUUUGGUCCUGACUUAAUCAUGAUGUAGUGUUUUAUGAGUAGGUAAGCAUAAUAUAUCUCAUAUAAGUAGGAAAAUUCUGUUAUUGUUCUAUUGAAAAAAUAUUAAUUCAUCAGCGCGAAUAAAUAAAACUCAAUUUUCAGAGACGUAGAGGGUAAAACUGAAGUUCUGACUUAAUUAGGAUAUAGUGUUCUAUGUGUAUAACAUAUCUCACAUAAGUAGGAAAAUUCUGUUAUUGUUCUAUUGAAAAUAAAACAUUAAUUCAUCAGUGUAAAUAAAUAAAAUCCAAUUUUCAGAGAAGUAGAGGGUAAGACUGAGCUUUUGACUUAAUUAUGAUGUAGUGUUUUAUGAGUUUGUGAACAUAGCAUAUCUCAUAUAAGUAGGAAAAUUCUGUUAUUGUUCUAUCGAAAAUAAAAUAUUAAUUCAUCAGUGUGAAUAAAUAAAACUCAAUUUUCAGAGGAGAGGGUAAGAGUGAGGUUCUGACUUAAUUAUGAUGUAGUAUUUUAUAACAUAUCUCACAUACGUAAAGAAAUUCUGUUAUUAUUCUAUUGUAAAUAAAAUAUUAAUUCAUGAUUGAAAAAUAAAACAAGGUUUUCAGAAAAUUAGAGGGUAAGAUUGAGGAAGUUUAGUACUUAUUGUUUAACACUUUUAAUAGAAUGUACUGAAAUUAAAAUGAAGGCUAAAAUGGUUUAGUCAGAAAUGUAAAGAGAGUAAUGGUUUUAUGAAAUGACCUUUUUUCAGAAAAUGACUUAAAUUUUUUUAAUUAAUUUUUUUUAUUUUUAAAACAUAUGCAUGGAUAAUUUUUCAACAAUAACCCCUGCAAAAUCUUGUGUUCCAAUUUUCCCUUCCUUUCCCCCACUCCCUCCCCUAGAUGGCAAGUAAUCCAAAAUAUGUUAAUUAUGGUAAAAUAUAUGUUAAAUCCAAUAUAUACAUACAUAUUUAUGCAAUUAUCUUGCUGCACAAGAAAAAUUAAAUAAAAAAGGAAAAAAAUGAAAAAGAAAAUAAAACGUAAGCAAACAACAAGAAGGCAGAAAAUACUAUGUUGUGAUCCACACCCAGUUCCCACUUAGAUCCACAGAAGAACUUAGAAGUUCUUACUGCCUUAUACACUUCCUCUGGAAGGUUAUUAUUUUAUGUAUAGUUGUAUCUUAGAAGCUAAAGAAUACCAGUUUUGUUUUGCUUUUUUUUUGAUUCAGGCAAAGCAUAAUGAGCACUGUGUCUAUACACUCUCCCAAAAACUAAUAGAGCCUUUAAAAUCUUUCAGAGAGGGUUCCAUUAUCUUCCUUUUGCUUGUUUAGUUAGGUCUUGUUACUAAAAGCUUUUCUUUUUUCUUUUUUUUUUUUAUGGAGGGAUUGGUCAAAGUUAGAUACUUAAAGCAUGUACGAUAUUCUCUGCCUGGUUUCAGUCCAAGCAAAUGGGGGAGCUGGUUUCUGGUCAGGGGUUAAUGAGGAGCUGGUAUUAUGUGAUGAGAAAGGAAAUGGCUAGCCACUCUAGUAUCUUUGCCAAGAAAACCCAGAGCAGGGUCACCAAGCGCCAGACACAAUUAAAAAUGACUGAAUGACAACACUGUUCUAGUGGAACUCGAAGAACUGAUUACUCAGGGCUUGCUGAGCUAGAACUGAGAUGGUAUCCAAAAGAAGCUAUCCAUCUCCUUGCACUUUGAGAGAUAGGACUGCUUUGAACGGUUUCCUCAGAACCAGGUUGGGAAGGCUUGCCUCGGCCAAAGGCUGCUGUGUGUGAGCCCUUGACCGCCUCUGAUUCCUUGUUCCCCUUGGUUAAGUGACUGAGCAGAUUAUGAGGUGGAUAUGUUCGAGGGACAACCUCGUGGGCAUUGCACAUCUGAGAGAUUUGCAAGGAGACAACUGAUAUGUCCUUUUCUCUCCUUUACUCAAGUAUAAAUAGGGGCGAGUAUCAGCAACAGUAUAGCAGCCUGGGCCAGCAGAAGCAGACUAGCUCAAUCUAGUAAUCGAUCCAUCCAUCCAACAAACGUGUCAUUCUGUGAAAGGAACUAACCUACUGGGCAGCAGGAUGACCAAUAUUCUGCCCUGCAGCAAACUUCAUGAAGACUCCCAAGGAACAUAGGACUUCUACAGACAGAAAUUGGAAGGUACACCUGUGCCACAAAUAUUUUUAUAUGUUUGCCUUAAGUUAGUGUCCAUUCUCUUUGUGGAAUUUUUAUGUAUUUGUGGGAGAGUAUGCAAUCGAAUAUGCUUUGGUUGAGGGGGGGAAGGGACUGCUCUUUUUAGUAAAUCUCUUAUCUAAAAGAUAAUUAAGUCAAGUGGUUGACUAUUAAUUAAGGGAAUAUAGUUAUAUGAAAACUUCACCCCUAAAUCCCUAAAUAACAGGACCUUCCGGUGGUCUAUACUUAUACUAUACUUAGUAUAAGUGUGAAUUGGGGAAACAACCCUGAAGGGGAUAUUUAAAUUUAUGUUAAAAUGAAAUGUGAUUUUCCAUAACUUCUAAUCUUAUUAUGUUAUGAUGAAGCAAAAGAAAACCUCUUUCUUCUAUAUUACAACCCUUUUGUUAUUUAAAGACAGGUAUUCAGUCUCCGCCGCCCCCCCCCCCCCAGCCAAUGUUUUCAUGCUAAAUAUCCCCAACGAAUUUGACCAAUCCUGUGUAACAUGAUCUUCAGACUCUUUACUGUAAUGGUCAUACUUCUUUGGAUGCUCUCAAAUUUAUCCAUGCCUUUAUUUAUUUGUGGUUUCUGGAAUUAAACAUCAUAAGUUACAACUGACCAUAAAAUAAAAUUGUUGUCUAAGAGAUUUGAACUCUUUGGGAAAGUGGAUUGUCGUUGUGUAAAUUUUUAUAAAUGAACAAGAAGAAUAGAUUAAACACAGGGAUUUAUAUAUGUUGAUGUUUUAAUAACUAUUUAUUCAGGCAUUGGACAUUUAACAAUGUGGAUUUUUGAAGAAGAAAAAGCACCAAACAAAAGUUACUUUUUACUGUUCUGAGUUUCUUUGUAAAUCCUACAUUGUAGAUUUCAUAUAACUUGAAGUAGCUAUUUCAGUUUUGGACAAAUCCAUAUGUUUAAGCUUUGCCUCAUUUUUGGUUGUGUAUUGAUAAAUACUUCUAAGUGCAAAAAGACCAUUGUCUUUUCUGUCAUUUGGCAAUUUGCAGAUUAUAUGGAUGUGGAAUGCAGAAGCCCAUAGUAUAGCAUAUGGCUAUGUAUGCAUUUGCUUGAUGUAUUUUAUAAAUAUUAUAUAUAUUAUGUAAAUUUAACUUCUUUCAUUAUUAUUCAAGUUCUAUCUUAUAUAACAUGGUUAUAAUAAAUCACCUAACUCAAUUUCAUUUUUAAAAAAA